UAAUGAUAAUAUUGGAGUUUUUAUUCCUUUUUCCUUUUCAUUUUUACCGAAAAUUAAAGAUGAACAUUUUGAGGAAGUGCACCUAUUGUAUUAAAGUGAUCCAGGUGGCCUUUGAUUACAAAUACAGCAGCAACAAGAACUCACACAAAAGCAACAGCAUCUCACAUGAUGUGAGAACACACACAGUACAUUUGUAGUAUCUGCAAAAUGCAUUGAAUUUGCAUUAAAACAUCAUGUUUUGAGAUGUUUGAGAGAAAAAAGAAUAUUCAUGUAGCUGCUGCAGUUUAUUUUCAUUACACUCUUUUAAUAUCAAUGUACAUGAGCUGCAGACAGCUAAAACAGACAAAGCAGAUAAAGAGGACACUAUCUCAUUGUGGAAGAAUCUGUGUUCUAGGCCCACAAAUGGCCAGUAAGUGGCGCUAUACUCUCACUGAAGAACUGCAGGGUUCUUCUUCUUUGCUGAUAUUUUUGCAUCAUGUACUGUGACAGAGAUGAUUUAGCAUUAACAAAAAGCUGAGACUAUGAACUGAUGCUCCGUUCACUUUUAUUCCUUUUAUUUAUUUCAUCAGUAUUUAUUAAUUUCAAUAUUUUGUGUUUUACAUUUUGCCCAUUUGGUUCUCUUGUUUUUAACCUUUGAAGUAUCUGGUUUGGCUGUCUGUUUGAACCCCAAAAUACUCCUAUUUUACUCCAGAACUACACAGAAAGUGAUGAAACAUCCUGUUAGUUGACUGGAUGGUUCAGCUACAGCACACAAGCCAAGUAAAGAGGAAGGUGUGACAGAAGUGAGCAGAAACUUUGUGGCAGCAUACAGGGAAGUGUGAUACUGAUCAGAUGAUCAAAACUCAACUGGUUAUUUGGGUUUAAACCACUUAAAUAAUACUAUUCAAAAAGAGAAAUGGAAAUGUAUGACUACAUUUAUGAUGAUUCUGGUGAACACAUGCAAAUGGAAGAAAUAGCCUUUGACACAGCUGGAGGGAGUGACGAUAAGAAGGAGAUGACGGUGGUUAUUUAUGAAAGCUCAGACAUCGCCGGAGGUAACAAAGCUGUAACAUGCAGCGCAGUACAUCAGCAGCCAAGCAGGACUUUUGUCAGGGCUAAGACUGUGUGCAUGGUACUGCUCUGUCUUCUCCUCCUGGCUGGCAUCAUAGGCAUUGGACUCAAUUGCAUAAUCAAACUGGGGACCCUCAGUGAGAGCAGGACUCAAGAGAGAAAACAGACUUUGGUCGAACUCAAUAAUUUCUGUAAGGAUGGAUGCACGUCACUCAACAACAGCUUUUACUACAUUUCUUCCAAAUCAAAGAGCUGGGACGAUAGUAGACAGGACUGCAAAGACCGAGGGGCAGAUCUGGUCGUUGUAAAUAACAAGGAAGAGCAGUUAUUCAUCAAUUCCUUAAAGCGCACAUUCUGGAUUGGUCUGACUGACAGAGAAGAAGAGGGAACAUGGAAAUGGGUAGAUGGCUCACUUCUGAACAGCACAGGGUUUUGGAGACAAGGGGAGCCCAGUGGGAUGUCUGGACGUACGAAGGAGGACUGUGUCAACACCUUUUGGUACACAGAGGAGAGGAGUUGGAGUGAUAACACAUGCACCAGAGCCCAUCUUUGGAUCUGCGAAAAACUGACUGACUUCUGACAUCAUUUUUUAUCCUAAAUAAAACAUACAGAGUGAUGAGUAUCAUCAACAGAGACUGUGGCAUCAUCUCUUGUUUAUAAAGCUUGCUUUGGUUUAAAAAAAAAAAACUUGCAGCACAAGAAAGACAGUUGGGAACAUGCUUGAUCAGAUUUAUCAAUAAUCAAAUGCAUUUGAAAAUAUAAUGGAUGUAAUUCUUUAUUGUCAUUUUAGAACAAAAUAAAAAACGCUAACUCAGAUGUUUAUAUUGAGUUAUGUGAUUUUAAUAUAAAGAUAAAAUUAAAUUAAAAAAAAAAUGUGUUAUGUGUACAACUGAAUGGAAUAUGUCAGUCACCCAUCAAAACCAAUCACAUGGAAAGCAGGCUAUGAACUUAUACAUUACAUAACCUGAACAUAAAUUUGUAUUUUCAUGCUUGAAUAUAAAAGGAUACAUUCAUUUGAUUGAGUGCUUUGAAUUAAAUGUUUGGACUUGGAGGUGGGGACAGCGGCUGAUUU